AUGGAGAACUUCCCAGUCAUCAACAUGGAGAAGCUUAAUGGUGAGGAGAGACAGGCUACGAUGGAGAAAAUUAAUAAUGCUUGUGAGAAUUGGGGAUUUUUUGAGUUGGUGAACCAUGGGAUAGCCCUUGAACUUUUGGACACAGUGGAAAGGUUAAAUAAAGAGCAUUAUAGGAAAUGCAUGGAGAGAAGGUUUAAAGAGUUUGUAGCAAGCAAAGCCCUUGAGGGUGUUGAAGCUGAGGUUAAAGACAUGGAUUGGGAGAGUACCUUCUUCUUGCGUCACUUGCCUGACUCAAACUUGUUUGAAAUCCCAGAUCUUACUGAAGAAUACAGGAAGGUAAUGAAGGAAUUUGCAGAACAAAUACAGAAACUUGCAGAGGAGCUGCUGGAUUUGCUUUGUGAAAAUCUUGGGCUAGAGAAGGGGUACCUCAAGAAGGCUUUCCAUGGAUCAAGAGGACCAAAUUUUGGUACAAAGGUUGCCAACUAUCCUCCUUGCCCUAACCCUAAUCUUGUGAAAGGUCUGCGCGCACAUACCGAUGCUGGCGGCAUUAUCCUUCUCUUCCAAGAUGAUAAGGUCAGUGGCCUCCAACUUCUCAAAGAUGGCCAAUGGAUUAGUGUGCCUCCCAUGCCUCACUCCAUCGUCGUCAACCUUGGAGACCAAAUUGAGGUAAUGACAAAUGGCAAGUACAAGAGUGUGGAGCAUCGCGUGAUUGCACAAACUGAUGGUACUAGGAUGUCUGUAGCUUCAUUCUACAACCCAGGAAGUGAUGCUGUUAUAUUUCCAGCACCAUCAUUGAUGGAAGGAAAGGAAGAAGAAACGAAGGGCCACAUUAUUUAUCCAAAAUUUGUGUUUGAAGAUUACAUGAAGCUUUAUGCUGCUCUCAAAUUUCAAGCAAAAGAGCCAAGAUUUGAUGCCAUGAAAGCUAUGAAUUCCAGUACCACUGCAACAGCUUAA